UCUGUGCAUGUCAAGGCAGUACUCUGCAGCCAUGCAAAGUAUUCAUGCAGUGUUGUUUGCAGGAAGAAUUGAGCCAAAAAGAAAGAAAGAAAAGGAAGGAGGUGGCAAAGCGGAAAGAAAUGGAGACUAUGUCAAUGGAUUGGCCUGCAGAUGAUGAAGCUGGGCAUGAGCCGGAAAAAAAUCGGGAAGUAUGCUCGAUUAGAGCAGGAGAUUAUUUCCCUUAGAAAGAAGUUAGUGGAAGAACGAAAAAGAAAUCAAGAUUUGCAAGACGUUGUGGUCAAAGGAAUGGAAAAAUUGCUGAAGAAAGCAUGCUGCAACUGUACCAGUCAGCAGCAGAAGGUGCCAGAGCCAGGUGCACAGGGGUUUUGUGGGCCAAGGGAGGAGGACCGCCACGCUGCUGGAGAUGACGUGGUUGACAGCCUUCAAUAUACGGCACCACAUGCUGCAACGCCAGUGCCACCUCCAGUAGCAUCAGCAGUAGCAGCAGCAACACCACUGCCCCCACCACCAGCAGUGCUGUUAGUAGAUGCGCAGCAGACACUACCACCACCAGCUCUGAUGCCAGUGGUGCCACAAGGAGCUCAGCACUGUUCCGAAGCUGAGACUACCCAGAAAGAUCUUGGGAAUGGAGUCAAAAUCUCCCAAGAAAAGUGGCUCUUCCUGAUGGCGCAGCCAAAAGAUACCCUUUUUGUGAGGGACACAGCCAAGGCGAUAUGGGGGAUCCAAAAUCUCUACAAUAGGAGCAUCACGGGCACCCCAUGUCGCCGCUUUCUUCACAAGGAGGAUGGUGGGCCACCAAGCGUACAAAAACAAGCAUUGACGCCUAGGAAGCUGGAUGCCCUGAGGAAUGCAUACGAGGAACACCUGAGGGUGCAUGAAAGCCAGCUACCAGUUGCUCAGCGUCGCCGGAACAUGAACCGGCAUCUGGCAGAUUUAUUGAAAGUUCUCAAGAAAUGA